AUGAAUAGUGAUCGCGAGUCAGAUGAGUUUUCUGACGACCCAGCGAUUUAUGCUGAUUUGGAUUCUGAGCCGGAAGAGGAAGAAGAACGGGAAUUCGGGAUUCAACCUUACAUGUUUGAACCACUCGCUGUCGGUGGCGCUGCCGUGGGCCAGGUUCCCGUCGGAGAAGAUAGUGGGAGAGCUGACGCUAAUGCAAUAUUAGGGAACAAUAACUGGUGUUCGUGUCAUGGAGGGUGUCAACCAAUGCCAACAUUGAGGGAGUCAUUUUGUUGCAAUCAAUGUGACAAAGUUGUGGAAAAGAUGGAGGAGUACAAGGAGGAAUUUGGUGAAGACCAGGCCCUGCGAUGCAUUACAGAGCAUCCUGGAUUUCAAACAGUUUGUCUGGAUAGAUGGUGUCUGGAAACGGCACAGUUUCACUACUUACAGCAGUAUGGAGGGCGAGCUCGUUGGGAUGCAACACCAAAUGAGUAA